AUGAGAAUGAAAGAUGAUGAAAAAGUUGCAGAAUACUUUCUACGGAUUGAUGAAGUUGUAAAUGGGAUGAGAGGAUUAAGUGAAGAGGUUGAUGAAUUCACAGUGGUUAAGAAAGUGAUUAGAACCCUAUUGCCUAAAUAUGAAACUAAAGUCUCUGCUCUUGAAGAAAAGAAAAAUUUCAAUAAACUUACUCUAGAUAAUCUUCAAGGAACCUUGACUGCAUUUGAAAUGAGAACAAAUAAAGCUGACAAUGCUAGUUCAUUGUUAAAAGAGUCUGCCUUCAAAACAGAGAAGAAAGAGGAUGUGAUUAGUGAAUCUGAAUUAUCUGAUUCCUUAGAGGCUCUCUUAGUAAGAAAACUCAAAAAGAAAUACAGAAGCAAGUUGCCUCUGAAAUACUUUGCUUGUGGCAAAGCUGGUCACUUUGCAGCCCAAUGUCCUCAUGCUGAACAAAACAAUGAUGAUGAUCAAAAUGAAAAACAUUAUAAGAAAAAGGCUUUCAGUCCUAAGAAGAAAUUCAACUUUAACAAUUUUAAAAAGAAAAAGAGUCUAUUCAACAAAGAAGACUAUGAUGAUGAGUCAGAUGACUCUCUAAGUGAUGAAGGUGAAACCUUAUUCAUGGCUGAAAUUGAUUCAUCUAAAACUGCAAGUAGUAAAAUGGUCAGUAAAUUGAAUAGUCAAUCAGAUUCAGAGAAUUGUGAGAUAAAUCUUGAAGGUGAAUUACUUUGUGCCCUUCAAGAAAUUAAAAAACUCAAGAAACUCAUCUCCUCUCAAGAGAAAAGUUCAGAUAAUUUGACUAUCUCUCUUCAAACUGAAUUAGAUGACUCAAAAAGAGUUAUAGGGAAUCUCAAAUCUGUUGGUAUUUUGUGCAGACAAAAUAAAUCAACUGCAGAAAAGGUUUGGAGACCCAAACAAAUUCAAAACAUAGAACAACCCUUGCUUGUUCAAACUGCUUUUCUACCUAAUAAGAAAUCUUUAUGGGUUGUUGAUAGUGGUUUUUCUAACCACAUGACAGGGGAUAAAGACAAGUUCUUGAAACUUGAAGACUAUGCUGGUGGUUGUGUAAAGUUUGGUGACAAUUCUAGAAUUCAAAUAAAAGGUAGAGGGUUUGUACUUCUUAAUGAUGAUACACCUCUUCAUGAUGUGUAUUAUGUAGAAGGCCUUAAACACAACUGUUCAGUGUCAGUCAAAUUUGUGAUAGUGGAUACAAUGUCUCAUUCAACUCACAAGGUUGUGCAAUCAAAACCAAGUCUGGUAAAACAGUUGCAACAGGAUUAA